GACGUUAAAAAAAUAUUUAACAAUAUUGCAAAAAACUGCUUGUUGGCCGUCAGACGGCUAGUUUAUCGCAUAAAGUUGUUUUCGUCAAAAAGUGCAUAUACGGAAGUCCUGAAUCUACACUCUGGGGUUCAGGUAUCGCUUCCUUGGCAGAGCAUCAAAAUUUCAGAAUUGCCGAGCACUCCCAGCCCAUCUUCGUCCUUAAUCAUUCCGCCCGGACAGCAGUCUAGGCCACCAUCAAAACAACCAGCUACUUUCUCUGAGUGGCAAUUACUUGCUGUCCUUCAUCGGGCCAAUCUUAUUCAAUAUUACGAUGAAUUUAUUGCGCAAGGAGGGGAUGAUAUUAAUCAAUUUAUGACAUGUGAUGAGCAUGAAUUCUUGGAAAUUAUGUCUGUAGUUGGAAUGGCAUCAAAACCACUUCAUGUAAGAAGAUUUCAAAGGACGCUUACUGAAUAUAACGAGGAAUAUAAAAUUCAGGAAUUCAGUAAGGAUCCAGACGCAUUUAAUCUUGUGGCCAUUCAACAAAUCGGCGUUCCUCCCGUAACGAACUAUGGUUUAUCAUCGUCUUCAACUACAGCUCCUACUACAGCUGCCGCUCUUCAAUUUUUACUUUCAUCACAGAGUCUCGCAGCUGCAAGUUUGGCUGUUGCAGCUUCAUUGCCAAGUACCAGUCCUUCAACAAUACCAGAGAAGAAUUCCCCCCGUCAACUUAUACAACCUACAACUAGUUGCCAUUUACCAAUAAAUUCAUCGAAUUGUACUAUAUAUAUUCUACAAUAUACACCAUUCACCUAUUUUUUGCCUAUCGAAAUACAAUCAAUGUUAAUCUACCAAUUUUCGUCAAAAUAUAACGGAAUUUCAGCAACUGAUUCCAAUCAUGAUGGAUCUAUUUUAUCGACAUGCGGUAUAUCUUCGGUUGGUGCAACUGCAAAUGUUUCAGCUGGUGAUAUAUUAACUAAUUUAGUUGGUACUCAGUCAACGAUGAUGGGCAUCCCAAACAUCAAUAAUCAAGAAACAUUAAACUGUGCAGAUACAUCGAAUGUUGCAACUACGCUUAUUGGCACAAUAGAUCACUCAAAUACAAAUAGUGGCUUCACACAACAUCUUGCAUCGAGCCCAUCGGCAGCUGCUACUUUUGAAGCAAAUUGUGACUAUGAGCAAACUGUUCCCGGUGUAAGCGCUAUAAUGGAAACACCAGUUUUAACUGAUGCUCAAAUAAAUAAAAUCACAGAAUGCUCGAAUCGACUUAUCGAACGAAUGCCACAUCUUGAACCAAAGCUCAUUCAAAAUAAAAAAAAAAUUAGCCGCGAAUUAUUAGACGUAAUGCAGUUGCCACAUGGAUCUCCACAACGUUUGCAGGAAUAUCGUAAAUAUUCUGCAAUAUAUGGUAGAUUUGAUGCCAAGCGCAAGCCGGAUAAACCAUUAACUUUGCAUGAAGUUUCAGUGAAUGAAGCCGCUGCUCAAUUAUGCCUUCGACAACCUGCACUGUUGACAAGAAGGGAUGAACUCUUCCCACUAGCUAGGCAGGUAAAAACUUUUUUUGAUAGAGGCCUAUCCCAUUUAGGGACCACAAUUCGAAAUGUUCCACUUAUCACUGGAAUUACUUUGGCUUUCACAGUAGUGAAAGAUGCAGGAUACAAUUAUGUAAAAGGUAUGAAGAGAAAUGAUACCGAAAUAAGAAAGCGUUUGGCACUUGCAACAGAAUUUUAUGCCAGUGAACCAUCACAAUCACCACAAAGCUCAGUUUCUGCUGGAACUCCACCGUUAGAAGAAGCAAAUCCUGAGUCGAACUAUGAUCCAACAGCAUCUUUACGCGAGGAAAGUCAUCACAUAAGUCGAAAACGGCGCCAUAUCGAUCUACUUACUGAUCAUCAGUCCAAUAUUGCCAGCUCAACUGCAGUAACAACAUCUCACCAAAAUGCUAACAUAAAAUCAGAUUAUGGCAACAAUAGUAAUCAUUAG